GCAGCUGCCAAAGGGGAAGUGAGCUGUGGCCGGAGCAAUGGCCCGGGUCUGGAGCCUGCGGCCGUCGCCUCCACCAGCGCUUCAGGAGCGGCCAGAGCCGGAGUAGGGGCUGGAGUCGCAGCUACAGUGGAAGCUGCGCGUGUGAGUUGCGGAAGUCGCCCUUCCAGACACUUCAAACUAAGCGCUUGAAGAGGGCAGAGUGGCAGUCGCCCCUUCAGCACUGUCCCUCCACCCCCGCGCCAGGCCCGGACUGGCAGGGCUGGGGUCUCCCAGGAGCGGUGCUGGCUCAUCUCAGGCCGAAACUUCCGAGCCGAGCUCCUUCAAACUCAGGACGGAAGCCAAGGAACGGUGAUCUUCCCUAACCCCAAUUGGCUUCCUAGUCGGGCAUUUUCUCCGCGCCAGGCAGUGUCUGGGUUAUAGCAGCUAGACACCACCACACACACACACACCGCUGCCACCUUUGCGUUGUAGCGAAUAGACACCACACACACCGCUGCCACCUCUCCUACCAGGGACUGGCGAGUUCCAACUGUCGUACUCUAUUACUCUCCCUUCUCCCAUUCAAGAACACGUUUCUUUUUCUCUGCGUUGAAAAUCCUGUCCCAGAAGUCCAAAGUACAUAUCCUGUGUGUUCCCUAGCUCCUAGAUCACUGUUAGAAAUAUUACUGAACUUAACAAAGCUGUGAAUCUUUCAUUCUUCGCUUCGCUUUUCUUGGCUUUUUUACCCUUUCUGCAUUCUUAACUGACACUGCAUGCCCAGAGUUUUAUACAUUUCAGUCACCAAUUCCUUGGCGAUCUUGUGUGACUUCCCCCACUCAUUUGAGUUCCAGUUUCCUCUGAGUUCCAGUUUUCUCUGGGCUCUCUUCUCCAGCUUCCAGCGGAUCAGGUCAGUCCCACCUCUGGGUGGGAGUGACCAGGGGGGCUCUGGCCCAGAAUUUCUCACCCUGGAAGGCAGCUCCAAGACAGCAAAAGAACUGGGCGUCGGGUACGAACCUGGCAGCUCAGGAGUGGGUGCUCCACUAACCCCACACAAGAAGAUGAAAAAGCGCAAAGAGCUCAAUGCAUUGAUCGGUUUGGCUGGAGACAGCCGGAGAAAGAAACCCAAGAAAGGCUAUAGCAGCCACCGCCUGCUUCGCACUGAGCCUCCUGACUCAGACUCCGGGUCCAGCUCAGAGGAGGAAGAGGAAUUUGAUGGAAUUGGAAAUCGCUCUCGCUUUGUCAAGGGAGACUAUUUACGAUGCUGCAAGAUCUGUUAUCCCCUCUGUGCUUUUGUCAUCCUCGCGGCCUGUGUUGUGGCCUGUGUUGGCUUGGUGUGGAUGCAAAUUGCUCUCAAGGAGGAUCUUGAUGCCCUCAAGGAAAAAUUUAGAACAAUGGAAUCUAAUCAGAAAAGCUCAUUCCAGGAAAUCCCCAGACUUAAUGAAGAACUUCUCAGCAAACAAAAGCAACUUGAAAAGAUUGAAUCUGGAGACCUGGGCUUAAACAAAGUCUGGAUCAACAUCACAGAAAUGAAUAAGCAGAUUUUUCAGUUGACUUCUGCUGUAAACCACCUCAAAGCCAAUGUCAAGUCAGCUGCAGACCUAAUUAGUCUGCCUAACACCGUAGAGGGACUUCAGAAGAGUGUAGCUUCCAUUGGCAAUACUUUGAACAGCGUGCAUCUUGCUGUGGAGACAAUACAGAAAACUGUGGAUGAACACAAAAUAACCAUAGAAUCAUUGCAGAGUGAUAUGAAUCAGCACUUCUUGAAGGAGACCAACAGAAGUAACCAGAUCAUUCCACCACCUUCAGCUACUUUAGAACUUGACAAUAAAACCCACAGUGAAAAUUUGAAACAGGAUAUCCUGUACCUUCAUAACUCUUUAGAAGAAGUAAAUAGUGCCCUAAUGGUGUACCAGAGACAAAAUGAUCUUAAACUCGAGGGAAUGAAUGCAACACUCAAUAAUGUUACCCAAAGAGUAAACCUGAUAGAAAGUGACACGAUUGCUCUGACCAAGAUAGAAAAGAGAGCAAACCUGACCUCUAGCAUGCAGAAAGAAGAUAGUUCAAAUUCUCAGGUAUCCAAGCUACGAGAGAAGCUUCAGCUGAUCAGUGCUCUCACAAACAAACCUGAGAGCAACAGGCCUCCCGAGACUGCAGACGAAGAGCAAGUUCAGAGUUUCACAUCCAAGCCAUCAUCAUUGCCAAAACUUUCACAAUUUCUUGGAGAUCAAUUUGAGAAAGCUGCCCAACUAAGACCCAUCUCCCUACCAGGAAUUUCUAGUAUUGAAGAUCUUCAAGAUUUAUUCCACAAGACUGGCCAGGAUGUGGAUGGGAAGCUGACCUACCAGGAAAUCUGGAACUCCCUAGGUUCUGCUGUACCAGAACCAGAGAAUUUGAGAGCAUUUGAUUCCAAUGGAGAUGGAAGAUACUCGUUCCUAGAGCUAAGAGUAGCUUUAGGUAUCUAAAUGUAUCAGGCAUAUUUUAGAAAUAGAUAUAUACUCUCUACAACCUAAAAUCUACUUACCUAACAACAACUUUUACUUACCCAUCAGCUCUCCAGUCCUCCAAACUACUGUUGCAGACACAUGGUCACCUUUUAACUUGUUAAAAAAAGCUAUAAAAAAGUUAUUUUUUUAAAAAAAAAAAGAAAAACAUUUUACUUAUAAUGUUCAGAAAUUUAUGAUUUCCUGAAGCUAGUAAGAUCUUACAUUUUAAAAUUGCUAGGGAAAAAACCCCCUUUUUCUCUCUCUUCUUUGAGGGAAACAGACCUUAUCUUUUAAAACUGAAAUAUAUAUAUAUAUAAUAAGCCACCUUUUAUAUUUCAUCUGAAUUUGCCUUAAAAUUAGCUGCACUUUAUACAGAUUCAGAAAAUGUCUUUUCUUUAAAAGAUAAGCCUUUUCUGUUUGUAAAUAUUUAAAAUAAAUGAAAGAUUGUUCAUAUUAUAUGGAAAGUAGGAAAAAUGAUUUUGAAUAGGAUGUGAACAGUGACUUGUUAUUAAAAACCACUAAUUUAAUCUGGGUAGCCACUGAAAUUGUGCUCACAUUUCCUCACAGCAGCCCUCAAAUGCUUCGGGCCUCCCUGGGCUUGGGGUUUAGUGUAUGGGUAAGACCUGGGAGUUGUGGGGACAGUGCCCACCCACCCUCAGGAGAGUUGUUGGGAACUUCUCUGAUUUUCUUCUUCAAGGUUUAUGAACAUAAAAAGUUAUCCAGUGGGGAGCUACAUUCCCUCCCUACCCCUAAGCAAGCUAAAUUGUCUUCUACCCACCGUGCUACUCACGUCUACCUUAAAGCUACAGCUGGGGCCAGGUGUGGUGGCACACUCCUGUCAUCCCAGCACUCAGGAGGCUGAAGCAGGAUUACCAUAGUAAACCAAUCUGGACUAAAUAGUGAGACCCUGUUUAUAAAAACCAACAAAAAAGUAGAAGCUGCCUUCAUCCUGCAGAGCUAUCUCUCUUCUGAAUGGCAGGGCUCAAGUCCCUGGUCACUUUGGAUAAUCACCCAAAGCAUUAGAAGAAAGUUGUACUUCUGAUUUUGACCCUGAUUUUAUAAAAGAAUUAAAUAUAUUUCUUGGUGGAAUGACUAACACCAAAAACAUAAAAUGAAAUGUGAAGUCAUAUUCAAGUUUCCUUACAAUUUUCAGGUCUGUGACACACAGGCUUGGAGCAAGAACCUUCACAUGAUGGUAACAGUUUUUUUUCAAAUCUUACACAAGCAAGUGCAAUAUUUUUCCCUUUAAAUAUUUGUGUAGACCUUACACAAAAAGCCCCUAAACUGGGAGGAGUAACACCUCCAUGUCACUUUAUGUUGAGACUUUCUGUGUUGUUUCAAGAAGCAAUCUGAACAACACAAAAGGAAAACUUUAUAGAACUGAACUUUGAAGUAGAUAAGUCAGGGAAAAACUAGAGAAGCUCUCAUGGCACAGACUUCUGUAGUAGAAACCAUUUCCGUUUAAUUUUGUCCAGGUUGCUCUGUUAUCCAUGGGUGCAGUCCAGGUCCCUUAAACAUUGAAAUACCUUUUUUUUUUUUUUAACAUAGUAAAACCCCAUCUCCAAAAAAAUGCCUUUUUUUCUUUACAUUUUAUUCAAUUUGAUGAAUAUCCUUGUAUAACCUUAAUUUUUUCUAGAAACUUAAAAUUUAGUUGAAGCAAGACAGGUUUUCCCAUAUAUGUGUCUGCUUAUCUCAUUAUAGCUUAUGUUUGUCUUUUUAAUUUUUUCUGUAGUGUUUCCCUUGCUCAUCUAUUUUACUUUCUUGGAAAAAUUAUAGUUUAACAUUAGCCUGGCACUUUAGGUAACUUGAAGAUAACUCUUACUCUUUUGGCUGCUUCCAUGUCCUCCUUUCUUUUUUAAUAUAUACACCCUUAUAGAUUUUUGUAACAACCAAUAAAAUUCUAGCAAUAAAUUGA